AUGGAAAGCAUUUUCUCACGAAUUAUCGCAGACAACGACGCUUUCUUCAAAAAUCAGCAACGAGAUGAGAAAGAACUGACAGAUGAACAAAAGCUGAAGAUUUUAGAAGAUCUUUCCGCUUCGAAGUUGCCGAUUUUUCUAGAUAGGUAUCAAAAUUACCUCGAACCUGUAGAUUGCGAUAUUUUUGCUGAUAAUGAUGAUUGUGUGGUUCAGGAAAUAAUGAAACGGAUUCGUCGACGUUCUGGAAUCAGUGAGAAGCAGAAGCGGAACAUGCGUUACAAUGCUAUGCAAACGCUAUUAAAAGCUGGCGAUUACUUCUCUGAUACCAAGAUGAGGGAACGAGAACCGUAUCUUUUCGACGCAAUGAUCGGAAAGUUCCUCGGUGAAGAACACAUGGAGUUUCUUCGACCGACAGUUACCAGAGAUGCAUCUGAAUCCUCAUGGUCCAGUUACAUGGUUCGCUUCGAGGAAAUGUCUGAAAUUGCUGAAAGGCGGAAACUUCAAGCGAAGGAAUGGGAAGGUCCACGACAAGAAGAUGGAGGAAAGGACCACAUUAGCAGGUUCAUGAAUCACGUGGCAAGCCAUGAAUUUGUUCCGGAAGAAGAAGAUGACGAGCCCGUUGAGGAUGAAGUUGAAAAGAUGCGAGAGAAAAUGGAACGGCUUGCACAGGAAGUCGAGCAGUAUAACGAUAUCGGAGAAGAUGACACGAAGGAUGUCCUCCGACACGAAUUCGAAUCAUUCAUGAAGGAAAAGUUUCUGGCCGGAAAGGACAAAGAAUUCUAUGACUACUCCGACUGCGAACAGGGCAGACUACCCGAUCCAAUUCGAGACCAAGACGAUGAAGACCGGUGGUUUGAUGAAGAUUGA